AUGGGUGUGAGCAUCUCGGAUCUGGGGCGCGGCUAUGCAUGGUCGGACUAUAUUCAGUUGCGUUUUUAUCAUUCCCAUGGAAGGGGUCGGCUUCCGAAGCGGGACGCGCUGUGUCAGUUGAUGCGAGCCUCGAGAGUUCUUUUUAGAAAGCUUCAUUAGAGAUGAAGUUGAGAGAGUGGUUUGAAUAGAAGGAA